AAGUACCCUCAGAGACCGGCGGGAUCGGUAAGUGACAUUUCUUGGUCGCCAGACUCCGGUAGUAAAAUAGUGGUCUCGUACUUCUCGAGGUCUGGAACCCAGCCAAAUUACAGCAACAUUGUGUACAUCUGGCAGAUUGACAACCCUAACGAGCCCUGGAUGACACUGAAGGCCACGUCCGCCACGUUGGUCAGCGAAUUUAAUCCUCGGGAUCCGUCUGUGCUCGCCAGCGGCCUGAUGUCAGGCCAAGUUUGCAGCUGGGACGUCAGGACUGGCAGCACUCCGGUUCAGACGUCUCAUCGUCAAUUCAGUCAUAGAGACACCACGACGACGGUGAACUGGAUCACCACGAAGAACAAUACGGAGUUCUUCUCCGGCUCUGUAGACGGCCGAGCCAUGUGGUGGGACACGAGAAAACUGCGAGAGCCGACUGAGAUCCUCGUGUUCGAUCUGCAGACACCGAACGAGCCGCAGAUGGACCGUGCGAUCGGCGUCUCGUCGGCCAACUUUGAAUCCAGCGUGAGCGCCAAGUUCAUGUUCGGUCUGGAAAACGGCAUCGUGAUCAGCGGCUCGAGAAAGGCGCGGGCACCGGCCGAAAAACUGGCCUGGACCUUCAACGCGCAUCACGGUCCGGUUCUGUCCGUCGAUCGCAACCGUUUCAACCCAAAGAUCUUCCUGACCAGCGGCAACGGCACCGCCCGCAUUUGGGCGGAGGACACUAAAGACGGCAAUCUCGUGUCGACGAGAUAUAUAAAGGAGGGUCCGGUUCGCAGCUGCUGGAACAGAGCGAGACACUCGAUCUUUUACGUCACCACGCAUACCGGCGUAUUGACCGUGUGGGACGUUCUGGCGGGCCUGAACGACCCGAUCCUCUCGGUGCAGAUAUGCAAGGAAAAACUAACUGCGAUCGCGGCGCACGAGAAAGGCGAACUUCUGGCCGUUGGCAAUUCCGCCGGCAACGUUUUCCUGCUCGAGUCAACGGAAGCGCUGUACUCGUUCGAUAAAAAUGACAAGAACGACUUCUCCUCGUACCUGGAGAGGUGUUCUCGUUUCGUAAAGGCGAUAGACACGCGAUUGAAGGAAAUAAAAUUGAUGAGGAUGUACGCCACGGAGAAUGAAUCAAAGACGACGUGGGAAAUUUCGAGAGGCAAAAAGAAGGACAGAUCGAUAACAAAGGAUUACGAUCGCGGUAAACUAAAGAUACACGAUAUGCAGGAUAAGUUGAAGAAUCAUCGUAAGAAGAACAGAAUCGUGAAGAAGAACAAAAGAAGGCUCAAAAACGAGUUCGACGAUCUUCGGGUGGUCGAGGAGAAAUUUUUUGAGAUUGUGGAGAAGGAGAAAUUGAAAUACGAUGAGGACGAGCGUAUUUCAACAACUUUGAAGACCGUUCUAUCCGUAAGGAAAAUCGGCCGGAAGGUCGACAAGGAUUUCAUCACGACGAUGGAUGGAGCGGAAGAUGUCACGAGGGAGACGCCCGCCAAGAAAAUCGCCACCCCGAAGAAGAUCAAGAUCUCGACUCCUACGACGGAAGUAGAGGAGCGUGUUGAACAAGAGGAGCCAAUGGUAGAGGAACCCUUGCCUCCGUCGGCGGAAACGAUCGUGGAAUCUCCAACGGAGGAAAUUAGCAAGAGGAAACGCAGGAAGCGACUGCCCGUCGCUUUCAGGUUGCCGAGGCCGUGCAAAGUUAGUGUCUGCAAACCUGACAUUUGCUGCCGCGGAAAAUUAAGCAUCAGAUUCGCAGAUCGUGCGGUCAGAGACCGCCCGAAAUGGAUUCGUGACGGGGCAAAGAGGUCGGAGGAGGAUGAUGUUGGAGCGAGGACGUCGGUCGAAAGCAAGGGCAAGACGAGACAGAGGAGACGGGAAUCUUGGACGAAGCUCGUGCGAGAUUAUAAACGCGCAGUAUCGUCCAGGGAAACAAUUCGUUCUUUCUGGGAAAUGACGGAGCCGCCCAAGGAACUACGAGAGGCCGCGAGGGAAGCUAAAAGGGAGAUCCGGAAAGCCGAACGAAGCGACGAAGCAAGAACGAGAGCGAGGAAGCUCGCCAAGAGAGCUCUGAAAACGACCGUUACGGCUGAGGAAGAAUCUCGAGAGGCUCCGAGGGACUUGCAAAAGGACGAGGAGGGGUACCCUGCCAAGGAGGUCACGCCGACGAGCACAACGGCGAGGAUCUUUGCGGCGCGGAAAGGAAAGAAGGUCGUCAUGAUGGAUCCCUGCACUCCUUGGAAACCGCCCUCGCUCCUGAAGGAUUUGCAGAGUGUCCUCGGAGGGCCUUUGCCGGAAUCGAUCGAGGAAAAGACGAAUCCGGGGUUGGCUCGCAUAAAGGAGUUCGAAGCUGCUCGCGGUAGAGUUUAUCCGCGGAUUUCCGACUUCCACUCCAUCGAUUGACGUCGCGUUAUUCAAGCAUUUCAAUGUUUUUCUUACAUCAGUGCCAUCGCGCUACCCUUGAAAAGUUACGUUUCUCC